AUGGCGCCACAGGAGGACUCUGAGCCUGGACGUCGCCGCCAUAGAGACCCAGAUAAACACAGAGACCAUCACAAGAAGCGGAAACAUCGAGAACACCGCUCAAGAGGGGCCGCAUCAGACGAGUCAGAGAGUCGAAGUCGACGACGACAACCAUUAUCCCUCGAUGCACUGGCGCACUUGGACGAGUUGAACACAGGAGGACACAUUCCGGACCCGCCACGAGAGCCCGCACGGAAACCGAAGCGAGAUCGACCGCGGCGGAAAGAGUACAAAGUGGUGGAUGCAGAACACGAGUCGCCCAGGAUAGAACGACGGAGGAAGGAGGAACAACGUGAUUCGGAACGAGAAAAUGACUCCCUGAGGAGAGGAAGGCGCCGGACGGAGGCACAUCGAGGCAUAGAAGUAGAAUACGGCUCGCCGAAACGCGAACGACGGCAUCGAGACUACGACGAGACGGAAGACGAAGACCGCACACAGAUAGAAAGAGAACGGCGACGCGAGAAGAAGAGGAAACGGAGAAUCGUCAGCGGUGCGAUUGUGGAGGAGGGCAGGGCAACCCCGGAGCUUCGGGGCGGCGCUGGAAGCAGCAAGCACAGCAGUUGGAACAGCAUCGACGACGAGAAGGAGAAAUUACAGCGCAGUCGUCCGCCUGGGAAUAAGAAGAAGAAAAGAUGGAUCAUCGCUGGAUGCGCCCUCGUCGUGCUGAUCAUAGUCAUCGUGGUCGCGGUGGUGGUCAGCAAGAAGAACGCUGCGGCUUCUGAUUCCAACUCGGACUCAUCGAACCUUAACGACCAGUCGGAAUCCGACAUACCCACCGCCGCCCGAGGAACCUACCUCGACCCCUUCACGUGGUACGAAACGACGGACUUCAACGUCACAUACACGAACGAGACGGUCGGCGACCUGCCCGUCAUGGGCCUCAACACCAAGUGGGACGACUCGAAGGCGGCCAACGACAAGGUGCCGGCGCUGGACAAGGACUGGGGCGCGUAUGCAUCGACCCCAGCGCGCGGCGUGAACCUAGGCGGCUGGCUCUCGCUCGAGCCGUGGAUCACGCCGUCGCUGUUCGACUCCUACGACAGCAAGCUGGGGAUCGUGGACGAGUGGACGCUGUGCUCGCACCUGGGUGCCAGGACGGCGGCGUCGACCAUCGAGAAGCACUACGCGACGUUCGUGACAGAAUCAACAUUCGCCGAGAUCGCGGCCGCGGGUCUCGACCACGUGCGCAUCCCGUACAGCUACUGGGCCGUGCAGACGUACGACGACGAUCCCUACCUGUUCCGCACGUCGUGGCGCUAUUUGUUGCGCGGCAUCGAGUACGCGCGCCGCUACGGCCUGCGCGUCAACCUCGACCUGCACGCUCUCCCGGGUUCGCAGAACGGCUGGAACCACAGCGGGCGCCAGGGCGUGGUCAACUGGCUCAACGGCACCGACGGCGACCUCAACGCCCAGCGCUCGCUCGACGUGCACGACCGCCUCUCCAAGUUCUUCGCGCAGGACCGCUACAAGAACAUCGUCGCCUUCUACGGGCUCGCCAACGAGCCGCGCAUGGUCGCGCUAUCCGCCAGCGCCGUGACAUCCUGGACAUCGCAGGCCUUCCAGCUCGUGCGGUCCAACGGCCUCAGCACCGCCAACGUCGUCUUCGGCGACGGCUUCAUGGGCCUCGAGAACUGGCAGGGCAAACUGACCAACAUGGCGGGGUUGGUGCUCGAUGUCCACCAGUACGUCAUCUUCAACAACGACCAGAUCGUCUACACCCACCAGAAGAAAGUGCAGUACGCGUGUUCGGGUUGGACGCAGCAGGCGCAGCAGUCAUUGAAUACGGCGACGGGCUACGGCCCGACUAUGUUCGCCGAGUGGUCCCAGGCCGACACGGACUGCGCGCAGUACCUGACCAACGUCGGCGUUGGCACGCGCUGGGAGGGCACCUACGACUCGGGCAACGCGUCCACGCAGGCUCUCACCCCGCGCUGUCCGACCGAAAACAGCACCUGCAGCUGCACUAAUGCCAACGCCGCCGUGGGACAAUACAGUGAUGAAUACAAGAAGUUUUUGCUCAUGUUUGCUGAGGCCCAGAUGUACUCCUUCGAGAAGGGCUGGGGCUGGUGGUACUGGACUUGGGACACGGAGAACGCGCCUCAGUGGAGCUAUCGCCAGGGUUUGGCCGCGGGGAUUCUGCCGGCUAAGGCUUAUGAGAGGGACUUUAAUUGUGAGGGCGAUGUCCCGGAUUUUGGCGAUGGGGGGCUUGUUGAGACUUACUGA